AUGGUCAAUCAUCUAUUAUUAUUAAAUCAUUUUAUACUAUAUAUUCACUGGUCAAUCGCUCUGUUGAUCAACGCUCGAUGCAAUUUGCCUAUGGAUCGAGGUGCAUGUGAUCAUAGAGGGCCUAAAAUAAAAUGGUACUAUGAUCGAUUCGCUCACCGUUGCAGACAAUUCUAUUAUGGUGGCUGUGGAGGAAACGAUAAUCGAUUUGACACUCUUUGUGAAUGCAAUGAACAGUGUUAUUUCGAGUCAACUGUUGGUGAUCCAAAGCAUCGGUGCAGUCAGAUUUAUGAACAAGGCUUAUGCCUCGGUGAUGAGAGGUGGUACUUUGAUCCCAAUAGGAAACAAUGUUUGCGCGGAUCGUGGACUCGAUGUGGUGGAAAUCCCAAUCGCUUCUAUUCGUACAACCAUUGUAUGAACAUCUGCGCCUCAUUUGUUGUUAACCGAUCAACCAGUGUUAAGAUAAAGGAAUUCAGUCCAAAAAACUAUUUCGAAGUGCAAACUGCCAAAGACCCUCACAAUCCAUCAAUUUCCGAUAGUACACAUGAUGCAGUCGCAAAUUGCAAAUUGAUUUAUCCGCUUAUCAUCUGUUUACAGGGCGGACGAAGAACCACGUAUUAUCCUGCUCAUGAUGGACAUCGAAAAAAGGUGGAAUUAAUUACUGGACAUAGAGGGCAUGGAUCCUCAUACCAAUACGGCAUUUCGGAUCAAAACGGAUAUCGAAUUCCUCAAGUUAUUCGAACGAAUAAUAACCAACAAUAUUCUCAAUCUUCGACAGACCGGAGAAAUCAACAGAAUUUCUUUUAUUUCGCAAAUAAACAAGGCCUUGACCAACAACCUAACGUUCAAACAACUGAUGUUCAACUCAGCCGUCAGAUUCAUAGCAAUUCUCACAUCCAAGAUCCUUACAAACAUGCUGAUAGCCAUAAAACUCAUUCACAGCAUAUCCACCAACAACCUCAAUUUCAAAAGGUACAAAGUUCUUUUGAAUAUCCUGUUACAAGAUCACCAUAUUACCAAACAUUUCAAAAUCUGCAAUCUCAUCCAGCUGAAAAAGAUCCCUUAAAAAGUCAUCAAUUUCAACAGCCUUUGUCAGAUUAUGAAAGGCAACUUAAAAACCAUGGGCAAAAUAGCUAUAUUCAGCAAAUUCAAUUUGAACAAGAUUAUAACGCACAGAAUCAACAUAAUGCAAGAAAUGACCAGUCUAAUAAUUAUCUUCAUACAAUCGGCCAACGAACAUUCAAUCAGGAAUUCAAACAGCAGUGGGCUGAACGACCAAUCAAUCCAGAGUAUGAAAAUCCAUCCAAAGAAGAAAUGGCUAGAGCCAAGUUAAAAUAUUUAAAAACUCUUAGGAUUUCUAGAAUUGGAUCAUCAUUAUCGAAAAACAAACUUAAAGAGCACAUGACUAGGGCUAUAUCCACGCAUUUAAACAAAACUAAAUCGGAAGAACCGACAUAUAAGAUAGAAAUAAAAAGCAUGGCCACUGCGACAGAAUUACCAUUUAUAGACACCAAAAAUAUAACUGCAACUGAAAGCGAUCAAAUUAGCAACGAUUUAAAUCACGAUCACUAUAAUGAUGAUAUUUGGACUGACGGCAAGCAGACAAUAAUCGGAGGUAAUUUAGAUCAAAGUCAUCAAACUACUCCUAGUGAUAGAGAUGCGUUUUAUUCAAGAAUUAAUGAAUCUGAUUAUGCAAGUGCUACGUCUUUUCCAACGAUGAAUAUAGCAACAACAGAAAAAACUUUUAACGCAGAUAUUUCAAAAAAAACUCAAGCAGAACAAGAGUCAACAAAGACGUAUAAUUCAAGGAUUGAAACAAUCGGAUCGCAGAAAUUGACAUUUUCUAGCCACGAGUCUGAUAAGACAGAGCAGCAAUUUAACAAAAAACAGAAAAACACCGUUAUUGAUAAUCGAUACCGAUUCGAUAUGCCGUCUGCCGCAGCACCGCCCAGAACCGAAAUUGCCGGUACCACACACGAUAUGCUUGGUCUCCAUCAAACAACAUUAUCAUCUGUAAGACUUGCGGUACUACCAUCAGCUCCGACUGCAUCUACAGAACCUCCCGUCCAACAAUCUCUUAUUCUGCUGGCACCAACAGCAACAGCGACAUUACUAACUCCCUCAACAAAAGCAACAAUCCACCUUGGAAGAUUGUCAACAACCACAAAAACUAGGGAAAAAACAAAACCUGCACACGAUCUACAAGGAAUUCAAACAAAGCGAAUAACUGAUGAACAACAUACUGAUGACACCGAAAUCAUUGAAGAUGACGAUGACGAUGAAAUAUUAUUUUGGAGGCAAAGCGGUUCAUCGAGGCGUCCAAGAAGUAAUUAA